AUAUAUCAUCGGCCAAAUAAUGACCGGUACACUUCACAAAAAAGUAUACCGGUCAAACUACGUUAUCAUCCUAUUUAUUCCAGAUUUCGAUAAAUUCGUCCCUUGGAGAUUACCCGGUGUAGUUUCUGGGGUUGGGGUGGAAAGUGUCGGCAGAGGAGGAUCUGCGAGGGCUUGGCGUGUAGCGACCCGUGUCAGUAGAGGACAACUGGAGAUGCUGGAGAAUCCAUCCAAGGCACUACUUGACAAAGGGAAUGAUCCCCUUCACAAGGCGACAAGGCAGCUUGAGGACGAAACCAGUCACCUCGCACCACAUCAGCAGCAUGCCCCCACGUGGGCGCACGUGGUCCUGUCCCCUUAGCCUAGUAUAAAUACUCAUGUAAACCUCAGAAAGAGGGAUCCGAAUCCAUUUCCCCUAAACUCCCUUGUAAAAGCACCCGUGCAUUCUCCGUUAUAAUACAAAUUGGGCUACAGG